GUUGUUUGAUAGCGAGUUUUCUUUGUUUCCUUUGUUUAUAAAUAGUCGCCUUUUGUCUACGGUCGCGGUUCUCAGUUUGUCACAAAGAUAAAAUCUGAUGUUAAUUUGAACAUUAUUAAAAUAGAAUGAAGUGUCAGAUAUGCAGUAACGAAGAAUCAAAAUAUAAAUGUCCUUCUUGUCUUAUCGCAUAUUGCUCGGUCGGCUGCUGGACGAGCCACAAGACUGCGAAGUGCGUGGCUCGGAAUGGAGCCGCGAGGCAGGCCAACUCUGCGGAGAGCUUGAGUACAGCGCACUACACUCACACCACGCAGGACACUGUCCCCGUCGAGAAGCUGAGGCUUCUGGAAGGCAGCGAGGGCGUGCGGAGGCUGCUGAAGAACCCCCACCUGAGAGACAUGCUGGUCGCCGUCGAAGGCUCGCCCGAGCCGGCGGCGGCCCUUCAGACGGCCAUGCUCGAGCCCCUGUUCGUCGAGUUCGUGGACGAGUGCCUGAAGGUGGUCGAGCCGCCGUCGUCGUGACACGUGGCGACCUUAACUUCACGACCAGCGACGCCAGUUUCCAAUUAAAUACUACGUGUUGAUUUACUUUUUUUACACUUACGUUUGUGCUCACAGACUCUACCCUCCGUAACAUUUAUUCUUGUAAGUGUUUGUAAUGAAUUUGACCAUGUGUGCAAUGUUCUCAUUUCAGUUGGCAGAAAAUUAGGGAAGUUUUAACUGUACGUUUUUUGAAAAAUCAUAAAUUUAAAUUGUUUGCCACUGA